CAGUCUUGCAACUGCACACUUUUAGUCUUUGCCAACAUGCAAGUGCUCAAUCGUAGCAACAGCAGCUCAGUAGCAGUAGUAGUCGAGUGGCAAAACUAGUCGUCCAGUCGAGUAGAGUGUGGUAACUCUUCUCUCGCUCUCUGUCUAUCUGUGCGCUCUCUGAAUGAGAAAAAAGCAGCACAGCGCUGCUGCUACUCGAACAUGCGAAAAUGGCGUCGAUAAAUAAAUAAACGUGUCAAUGGCAGCACAUCGUGGAGCAGCUAUCGAGUGCCCUGACGAUGUGUAGAAUGUUGGACGAGUGAAGCUAUAGAGCGCUAGAAAAGCCGCUAAAAGGUCUUUUCCUGAACGACGGAAACGUAAAGCAAUGGCGGGCGUUAACGCGAACGCCCUGUCCAGCGACAUCAGCAGGCGUAAUCCUCAGGAUGAAUACGAGCUGAUCCAACGUAUUGGUAGUGGCACCUAUGGCGAUGUUUACAAAGCCAAGAGGCUCUCUAUGAAUGAUUUGGCUGCUAUCAAGGUCAUCAAACUUGAACCUGGUGACGAUUUUGCGAUAAUACAACAAGAGAUCCUAAUGAUGAAGGACUGCAGGCACUCCAAUAUCAUUGCUUACUAUGGCAGCUACCUCAGGAGGGACAAGCUGUGGAUUUGCAUGGAAUACUGUGGUGGUGGAUCUCUCCAAGAUAUUUAUCACAUUACUGGUCCAUUGACAGAAAUUCAAAUAGCAUACAUGUGUCGAGAGACAUUACUUGGUCUUGCCUAUCUCCAUGGCAUGGGUAAAAUGCAUCGAGACAUUAAAGGAGCUAAUAUUUUACUCACGGAAUCAGGCGAUGUAAAGCUUGCUGAUUUUGGAGUAUCAGCGCAAAUCACAGCAACAAUAAAUAAAAGAAAAAGUUUUAUUGGCACACCUUACUGGAUGGCUCCAGAGGUAGCAGCAGUUGAGAGAAAAGGAGGUUACAAUCAACUCUGUGAUAUCUGGGCAAUAGGUAUUACUGCAAUAGAAUUAGCAGAACUACAGCCUCCAAUGUUUGAUCUCCACCCAAUGAGAGCAUUAUUUUUAAUGUCAAAAUCUGGAUUUAAGCCUCCCACGCUGAAAGAUCGCGACAAAUGGAGUCCGACGUUUCACAAUUUCGUUAAAAUUGCCUUGACGAAAAAUCCUAAAAAGAGGCCUACGGCAGAUAAACUUUUACAGCAUGCGUUCUUCCAAAGCGAAAUGAGCAAACGUCUUGCUGUAGAGUUAUUAGAAAAAGUGUCCAACUUUAGCCAUGCGUUUACGGAAUUAGAGCCUGACGAAGAUGGACACGUAGCUAACGUGCCGCAAAGAAUCGCCUCGAGGCAUACAGUGAAAGCGAGACCAAAGAGUCCUAUCUCACAAUUAGACAGCGAUGAUCGAUUGAAUUUAGACGAUGGAACGUUGCAGAGAGAUUCAUCAUCGCCUUGGCAAGCUCCGGCUACGUGGGAUUUCAUAGAUAUUAUGAAUAACGAUAAGACUGCAAAUAACUGUGAUGCACAUCAAGAAAGCGGAAUAGGAUCUGUUUUCGAAGAUGGCCAAGAAAAAGUCGAAGCAGAUAGUAAAUUCAAACACAGAAGCAAAACUGGCACGGAGAUCUUUCGUAUGAGUCUCAGGAGUCUAUUGCAGUACAUUGACGAGGAGUUGUUGCUAAGGGGAAAUGCAAUUGCCGGGCAUUGUGACCAGCUGUAUUCGUUGCAAGCAACGUUACCUCUAGGCGAGACGUCCAACGACUGCGAAAUUCAUCGAAACUUCUAUGGCAAUUCGCAAGGGUCGCAAACGACGAGUCCUCGACGACUGCACAGCUCGAUGGAAGAGUUGUCUGGAAACUCAGCGACUCUACAAGCAGGCACAUCAUUGUCAAUGAUGCUGGAGACUGGGCAGAGACAGCGUUCAUUAUCCGACAGUACCAAACGUCGUGAUCUAUCUCCCCAUCAGUCUAAUGGCGAAAACGACUCGUCGGACAAUGGUGACGAUGGAGUAGGACCAGAUCUUUUGUCGGACACACCACCAGUGCCACCGCGAAGAAGGGAUCGUAAGAGGCAUACGCCGCCAAGACCGAUCAGCAAUGGCUUGCCACCAACGCCAAAAGUUCACAUGGGAGCAUGUUUCUCCAAGGUGUUCAACGGCUGUCCUCUGAGAAUACAUUGCACGGCCAGUUGGAUUCAUCCAGACACGCGAGACCAGCAUCUGCUUAUCGCCGCCGAGGAAGGCAUUUACAAUUUAAAUCUGAAUGAGCUUCACGAAACGGCUAUAGAUCAACUGUAUCCAAGGCGAACGAUAUGGAUGUACGUCAUAAAAGACGUUCUUAUGUCGUUGUCAGGUAAAACACCGCAGCUCUACAGGCACGACCUGCUGGCGAUGCACAGCAAGCAGACACAUAGGUUCUCGCUGCCCAUGAACAAGAUACCCGAGCGACUUGUGCCAAGGAAAUUCGCUCUCACCACCCGAGUGCCAGACACCAAGGGCUGCACCAAGUGUUGCGUUGGUCGAAACCCAUAUAACGGAUACAAGUAUUUAUGUGGAGCAAUGCCGGCUGGUAUAUUCCUAAUGCAGUGGUACGAUCCACUGAAUAAAUUCAUGCUACUCAAGUAUUUCGAGUGCUCGUUGCCGUCGCCGCUUAACGUCGUCUUCGAGAUGAUUAUCACACCCGAAAUGGAAUAUCCAAUGGUGUGUGUCUCGGUCAAGCAGGCCUAUCAUCAAAACAAAUUGAAGCUUGAUCUUAUUAAUAUGAAUUCCGGAGCGAGCUGGUUCCAUAGCGACGAACUCGAGGAAAUGGACGGCUCUGCAACAGUCAUUCCACGAAGAGAAACUCUUCAAGUUGUUAGUGUAGCGCAGCUCGAGAAAGAUGCCAUUCUCGUUUGUUACGACAAAUGGAUGAAAAUUGUAACGUUAAGUGGGAAACUGAGGACCAGUAAAAAACAAAUAUCGGAGCUUCAAUUCGACUUCAAAAUCGAAUCGAUAAUCGUAUUGCCGGAUAGCGUGCUUGCCUUUCAUAAGCACGGAAUGCAAGGUCGUAGCUUUAAGAACGGUGAGAUUACGCAAGAGAUAAGUGAUCCAAGCCGAACCUACCGCCUACUAGGUUCCGACAAAGUCGUCAUGCUUGAAAGUCAUUUGAUGCACACAGGCACGUUAAAUGAGAGCGAAGGCGCCGAUCUCUACAUCCUUGCGGGACAUGAAGCAAGCUAUUAAAAAUCAAUUUGUUCGAAAGCUGAGCGCGCGAGCUUUCGAAAUGAUACAUAAAUCGCAGCAGACUGCAACGA